AUGUUUGACGAUGGAAAGUCAUCGACCAUGCCUUCCCCUUCUUCAACUCAAGGAAAUCAUCAACCUAACAGUUCUAUAAACACGCCUUCUUCUUCCGGUGCAACAAACCUCACUUCGGUGUCUUCAGGAUCCUCUUUCAGCAAUCUUGUCUUUCGUCGCAUACCAGCAGAACGAACUAUCCCCCUUCGACAUCUAGUUUUAUGGCCAUCAAUCUCAAUUGAAUUCCAACUAGUCCCAUCUUAUGACUUGUCUCAAGAUACAAUACAUACAGGAGCUUUCCUCCCUUCUACACCGCACAUCGAACAAGAUCCUAUUGGAAUCUUGACAUUGGCCAUACAACCUUAUUCUAACCCUUCGAGUCUACCCGUCAGCUUACAAGAUCAGGAUGUACAUGUACAGCUACAUAAGUUUGCCGUAAAUCCAUCUUGUCAAGGUAAAUCAAUAGGUAGACAACUUCUUGCUUAUGCAAUACGUCUACUUCGAGAGGUGUAUUGUGGGAAAAGGGUGUUGCUUCAUUUUGAUGCAAGAGCCAACCAACAGCGCUUCUAUCAGAAUUGCGGGAUGAUAAUACUAGAUGAUAAUACCUUUGUGAAAUAUGGUCCGAACGGAGAAGGUAAAGGUGUGGAAUAUGUCAAGAUGGGUAAUGUAAUCUAA